AUGGCCCUUGAUGCUGCAAUUCAUAUGCAAGAUUCAUUUGGCUACUUCUUCAAGGAAUUUUACACGUCGGGAGGAGGAGGAGGAGGUGGAGGAGCAAAUGGUGGAUGGGGCUAUGGCUAUGGCUUUGGCUUGCAAGAAGAAAAGGGUUUUGUAGAGAUGUUGGAUAGUGGCAUGGACCAUAAUUUACACGGGAAUUGGGAGUCUUCAUCUUCAUCAGUUGUGAUGCAAAAUGUGAAGGAAUGGGAUCCGAAUUCCUCACCGGAGGCUUGCACAGAUGACCAACUCCUUUUAGAAGGCGGCUCCCCUACGAUGGAAGAGCCACCAGAGUCUGCACCUACCCCGGCUGCAGGCAAGAGAAAAAGAAGGCGCACUAGAACUUGCAAGAACAAAGAAGAAUUGGAGAAUCAGAGGAUGACACACAUUGCUGUUGAGCGGAAUCGACGGAAACAAAUGAAUGAUUAUCUUGCAGUUAUUCGAUCCAUGAUGCCACCUUCCUAUGUUCAAAGGGGAGACCAAGCCUCAAUAAUUGGAGGAGCAAUUAAUUUCGUAAAGGAGCUUGAACAGCAUCUUCAAACCCUAGAGGCACAGAGGAGGAGAAAUAGCCAACAAGAACAAGAAAAUGGAAUGUCACCACCACUUUUUGCUGAUUUCUUUACCUUCCCACAAUAUUCAACGCGGUCAUCUUCAACUACUCUUCACUCUAACACCAUCAAUUCACCAGUGACCACCACCACAAGUGAUCAUCAGCCACAGCCUAGUAGGGCAGCAACUGAUCAGAGCCCGUCAGCGCUAGCAGACAUCGAGGUCACAAUGGCCGAAAGCCAUGCCAACCUCAAGAUUCUUUCAAAGAGACGUCCAAGACAGCUCUUGAAGCUAGUCGCUGGGCUUCAGUUGCUUUGGCUCACUAUUCUCCACCUUAAUGUCACAACAACACUUGACCAAAAGGUUCUCUACUCUAUCAGUGUUAAGCUUGAGGAAGGGUGCCAGCUAACAACAAUAGAUGAAAUAGCUGAUGCUGUGAAUCACUUACUGGGCAGAAUUGAAGAAGGAGCUGUUUGAAGCUGAAACCCUGAAAUUUUUUAAUGUGUUGGGUUGAAUUUUUGUCCAAG